AUGGAAACCACAGAGCUCACUCACUUCACUCCCAAAACAACCAUCACAAUGGAGAAGGGAAGGCUCAUCCGUCUCAAUGAUCACUGGGUCUCGAUUGCUAUAGACAAUCUUGAUUCUUUCGGGGACGUUGGGUACCUAGACUUCAAGUUUCUCGAUCAGGUUUUACCCCACUGCUCCAAAGACCAGUUGAUUCACAUCGAGAAGAGCACAAAAAAUACAGAUCUGACUCCGAUCAACGAUAAGCUGUGGAAGAAGUUUUUUGAGAGAGAGUUCGGUGGCAAAGCCACUGAUAAGGUGAUCGAAAAGAUGAAGAUCAAGAAAGUGAAUUACAAGUGGUCGGAGUUGUACCAGGCCAAGUCCAAGAGAGUGGAAAAGGCCGAGAAAGAAGUCGGUGAAAGAUUGAAGAAGCUGUAUGAGAAAGAAGUCGGUGAAAGAUUGAAGAAGCUGUAUGAGAAAGAAGUCGCCCAGAAACAAAGCCGGCGAGUUAGGGUUUUGGACAAGGUUCCACCUUCUUUGUCAAGCAAUAAAAGAAUUGGCUCCAACAAAGGGAGCAAACUGCUGAACAGAGUGAGGAAAAACUAUCGAAAUAGUCUGGAGGUCAGAAAUAUUGAAGCUAUGAAGAUGAAGAUCGAGAACUGCUGCCAAGUGUUCCGAUCUGAUCAAAAAGCCAAGAACAACUAA